AUGGCGCAGCUGAUUCCAGGCGACGCAUCGCUGAUCAUCACCCGCCUGCUCAUUCUCACCGUAUGGGGUGUGACUCCUUUCAGCUGGAUCGCACUCAUCACUCGCGCGGUGCGGUACUAUCUUCACCACUACACAACUUACUCGAUAGACAGAACUGUCUGGAACUUUGUCGUCAAACACUCGCCACGCACUGUAUCGCAAUUUUGGGCUCAGCUUCUUUCAUCUCGAUGGCGCUGGGCGUCGAACCUCUUUUACUUCUAUUGCGCACUCGAAGCAGCCUUCUCCCUGUACCAUCUCCACCUCUCGAGACGGAUCCAGCGACCAGGGCCACGCCCCUUGUACGGCAGACGCUUCUUGCGUAGUGUCUUUGCACAAGCGCUGCAGGCUGGUCUCAAUCCCGCUCCGGCGGACAACUCGGAGCUGAAGCAGUCGUAUGCGAGUGCAGUAUCCCCCUCCCGUCCCGGGGCAGAGAAGGGCACCGCAGAGCUCAUCUCCAGAAGCUCAAACGGUCAAUCGGCGUCAUCAAUAUCCGGGCUGAACGAAAGUUCGUCACCUAGUGACGUACGACAGAGACUUGGCAGGCUUCGUGCCGCCAGCUUCGUUCCGCAGUUCGUAUCCACGCCAAUCUCGGGCGACGAUCCGCGCGCCAUCAAGUUUCAAGAGGACCAAGCGAAAUGGUUCUUCGGCGUGCCGUUCGAGAAGAUCACGCGAAGAGAAGUCAUGCAUUGGCUCGCGUGGUCGCUCUUCGCAACAGAUCUCGAGGUGCUCGAAGCCGAGAGGGAUGGUCUUGUGACACUCACCGGUGGCGAGAGCGCAGGUGUCCAGCCGGGUCCGGCUGCAAAGCCGUCGUCGAACGGGUUGGACUCUGCCACGCCGUCCACAUUCAACUCGCCCAUGCCUCCAUCGGCCUCGACCUUCGGAGGGCUCCCUCCUUCAUUUUUCGCGAGCGCAUCGAUCGAGGAGCAGGAGGAUGCGAGGAAAGUUCGUGCCAAGGACGGCGAAUGGGAUCCCACCACAGGAGACAGACUGAAAUUUCUAGAGUACUGCAUGGAGCUACUCGAGACACGACAGGGACGAAGCUAUCCUGAGGAUCCUCCCGCAACAGAGUCAAAGUCACAGGCUCGGUCUAAGUCGCAAGAUUCAAGCCAUUCGACGCUUUUGAAGACUGCACAGGACAAGCUGGCAGCCAAAGGUCCGCCACGCAUCCGAAUGAUGCGCCUCACUAUCGAUCCUGUGCGCACGCGUUCGCGGCCAUUGCUGUGCUACCUCGCCACAAACACGCUGUCACACCUCACGAUCCGACGAGCUGUCCGCGGCGGUUUCCAAUUGUGUCAUGAAGGCCGGCUUCCCUACCUCUACCGCCCAGCACCAGACGCGUCCUCCACGACCGACAGUGGCAAACGUCUCGACAGGACGCCGCUCGUCGUUUUGCACGGACUCGGAAUCGGACUGGCCCAAUAUGCCUCUCUAGUCUCCUUCUUCCUGCACUCACCGAUCUUUGCCCACCGUCCGAUUAUCAUCCUGAUCCAACCCAACAUCUCCCAAUCCAUCCUCUCGCCUUCGUUCCUGAAACCAUUCGGACAUCACGAGACCACCUCUGCCUUCCGUUCGAUCCUUGCGAAAAACUCGUGGACAUCGAUCGAUGUUCUCUCGCACUCGUACGGCUCGCUGGUGCAUUCGUGGCUCAUCAAAUCGAUCGCUUCGUCGAUCAGGAGGAGCUGUUUCGUCGAUCCCGUAUGUUUUCAACUCUGGGUACCCUUUGUCUGUUCGAACUUUGUCUACAAACGAGCUACGACACCGAUCGAGAUGCUGAUGCGCUACUUUGUAGCUAGGGAGUUGGGGACGGCGAAUACGCUGUGUAGGUAUUUCGACUGGAGCAGCAACAUUUUGUGGCCGAACGAGAUCGAAAAGCUGCAGGAUGGGAGGAGGACGAGGUUCUAUUUGGCGGAAGAGGAUGCGAUUUUGAGUGCGAAGGAUACGUUGGAGUAUCUGGUAGAGAGCGGGUGUCCGAGGGAGAACAUUCACUAUGGAAAGGGGAAGGCGCAUGGAGAGAUGCUGAUGCAUGGGGGAGACGAUUUUGAGAGGAUCGUGGGGUGGUUGUCGAUGGAGAUUUGA